AUGCCUUCACCAAAUCCCGUGACUUUCUCAAAUCAACAAAUCAACUCAAAGCUUAUUUAUCGUCGUACUUCUGGUUUACCGGAACAAGCUGAGGACUCAUCUUCUAUAGAUGAUGGUUCAAAAAGUUCAUUUAGAAAGUGGAUGGUAAAGAAGUUUGAUGAAUAUAAACCUUCAUUGGUGUUGGAGAAUAAGGCCAGUGUUGCUAGAGAUCAUUUGGCGAAUGAAAGGACAUUUUUAGCUUGGCUUCGUACUUCCCUAUCAUUCGUAGGAAUCGGUGUUGCGAUCACACAAUUAUUUCGAUUAAAGGGAGAAUCCAGUAAGGGAGGAAACAUAAUUGGUAUUGUCUUUAUAAUUUUGGGAAUUCUUUUCCUAGGUUUUGGCAUUGUUAGAUAUUUUCAUUCUCAAUAUUUAAUGACAACGGGUCAUUUUCCUGCUAGUAGAGGUAGUGUACUAGUGGGUACUAUACUAACUAUAUUAUCCUUGACUGCUUGUUUUCUUGUUAUCAUAAUUGAUAAUUAA